AUGGCAUUCAGUACAAGCUCACAUCUCGACAAACGUGUCGACGCGGCCGAGCUGGGCACGAACGCGCGAGGAGACCUUGCCAUAUGGUCCGCGUUCAAGAUUGGCGGCGACCAGGUGCUGCUCCCACUGCUCGUUGCGACGUUCUUGCUCUCGCGCACGAUCGUACGGCACCCCGUGGUCAUCAAUGUGUGCUGCAGUUGGAUCAUGGCUGGGAUCGUCUCUUCCCUCCUACUGUACGCGCGUCAGGAGACGGGGCCCGAGCCAGACAAGGGACUCUGUAUCGUGCAGUCAGUCUUGAUCUCUCCCGUCCCUCCGAUGACCUCCGUCGCAGCCCUUGCACUAGUGUACCACACAUGGUCGACGUUCAGGCCGUCCGCCCUGAGGAACCGAAAACUGCGCAAGCCGUCAGGCUGGAGCAGACUCCAAACCGCAGGACUUCUUGCAGCACCGUAUCUAACCCACUUGUGUUUCGCUGCCGGUGCACUAUACGUGGCUCUCCAGGACACUAGCAGGGUCAAUCGUUCGCGCAGGUUCUUCUACUGCUCCGUCAACUACGACCCUUUCUCUAACGCAAUGGCCCUGUUCACGGCUGGAGUGUGCCUGAUUGCUACUCUCCUCGAAGUUCAUUUGGUUUGGAUCUUGUCCCGAAACUGGAGGGCACUACGCCGCGCGGGUAACGAUACUGGCAUUGACGUGCAGCUCAUCAUCCGCGUGGGCAUCUUCGUGACGUAUGUGUUCUGUGGCAUGAUAGUCAUGGUGGCCAGCGUGUUUAGUCCUGAUUCCAUCCUCCCGGAUAUGUUCGCCGCCUCCGUAGGAACAGCCUUCUUCGCCGUGUUUGCCACGCAGCCGGAUGUCCUCCGUGUAUGGGCAAGACUGCUCACCUGCCGCCUCCGCCGCCCCAAAGCGGACACCCGCGCUUCCUCCCCAGUAUCCACGAGCACAUCAAAGACAUCAAACCUCGCGUCUUCGCGCUCCCCCACGCCGUUGCCGACAUACGACCCGGACCUGUUCAACCGCAGCGACAGCACGCUGGAUGAGAAGGCGCGCCUCGCCGCGCUGCACGCGUUCUACAACGCGCGCGUGCACGACAUCGGGGCUGGCGUCGAGGUAAUCAAGCGGCCCGAGGAUGCGUUUGUCGUCGGGCGCGGGCCGCGUCGUGCAUGGGGCGUAGACGGGAACAGCGGGGGGUGUUGGGAUGGUUGGGAGAAAACCAUGCGGUGA